UUGUUUUAAAAAAUGGCUAAAAUUGAAGAGAAAAAGCUUCCAAUUUUGAACGAGCUUGACAAACCAGGAAUCACAAAUGAAGAGGUGGAGGACGUGUAUGCAAGAUGGGCCAAAGAUUACGACAGGGAUAUCGCGGACCUCAAUUACUUUGCACCAGCUAACAAUGCUAAUGAGGUAGAAAAAGCACUGAAAAACAAAAAAGACGCGCUUAUUUUGGAUGCCGCCUGCGGAACUGGUUUGUGUGGAAUAGAACUUACAAAGCGUGGUUUCCACAACCUCCACGCCCUGGAUGGGUCAAGUGAAAUGCUUGAGCAGGCAAAACAGAAGGGCAUCUAUAAGAAAACGAUGUGUGCCUUACUUGGACCCAAUCGGUUGGAUAUCCCGGACAACACAUACGAUGCAGUUGUCAUGUCCGGGGCUGUUGGAUCUGGACACGUAUAUGCGAGUUGCUUGGGAGAAUUAAUUCGCAUCGUUAAGCCAGGCGGCUAUGUCGUCGUUGACACCAUCUUCAGGUAUUCACGCGAAUCUGGCUAUCAAGGCAAGAGUUGGGACGAAAUAAUGGACGACUUUCUCAUGGCCGGACGCUGGGUCACGGUGACCAGACGCCUGGCGGAGCAGUCGUUUAACGCUCAGGACGGGAUGCAGUACGCUUUUCAAGUGAAGUAA